AUGUCUUACACUGAACAUCGACCUGAGCGGCCGGAGGGGUACACUCAGGAAGAGGGUGCAGCGCUAAGUUGCCCCAAGGAGUCGCAGCCGCCGAUGGCAUCGAUGGAGCCGGUGAAGUCAAACGAUGUCGACGCCCCCGUGACGGAGGACGACUUGAAGCGCGACUUUGACAGCGAGGUGCUCGACUUGGCACGUGACAAGUCACUCAACUGCAAGGAGCGCGCUGCAAAGAAGAAGGACUUGCUGAGUCGCCAGGCUGUUGUGGAAAAAGAGCGCGAGCGUCGCGUCAUCGCCACGCUGGAGGCGAGGCUUCCACGGCCAGAUUGGUACUCGAGCGACGACGAUGACGAGUCCACCCAGUCUGAUGUGGAGGCGCAUGAGGCCAGCGAGCUCAAGAUGCAGCCAGAAGGCGGCGCCGGGCUUGUGUUCCGCGUCGUCUACACGGUGCUGAGCACGGUGGCGUUCAUCUUUCACCUGACGAGCUCCUGCCCGAUCCCGUGGAUGCGCAGCAGCUCAGGCCGCAAGUACGGGGUGUGGCGCGCGACGGGCGGUGGUGAGCCAGACCUCAAGGUGAGCGACAUCCAUGACUGCUCGUACGAGAUGCAGUACUGGCAAGCCGUGGCUGCCACAUCCGUCUUAGCCACGUUUGCAUCAUGCGGCGCCAUGAUCAGCGGCGUGCUGCUGUGCGUGAACAAGGGGCACAUGGCUGCCUCCUUCAUCCUCAGCUUCUUUAGUAUCUCCUUCUCGCUCAUCUCGUGGGCGCUCGUGGUGGCGCUCUACCGCUACUUCCGCUGCGGCAAAGGUGCCUUUGCCAGCGGCGUGGCUCACCUCGACGGUGGUUACGCGCUGACAUUGAUUGGGUGGGUAAUGCACAUGACCGCCAUCAUCGUGCUCAUCGUGUACUUCUUCAAGUACUGGACGCGCUCGAUUCAUAGCGGCAAGACUCGUGCUGUGCGCUUUAUCUACGUGGCUGUUGGUAUCAUCACGAUGGUCUUCUACUCCGUGGGGGUGGCCUACACACUGUGGGGAAAGACGUUUCCUGCUGUCAAGGUCUCCGUCUCACUGUGGCAUGUGCAGGUCUACGACCGCGAGACGCGCCUGUCCACCUUCCUGAGCCACAGCACAUACAAGUGCACUACCAUCACCCGCUACAUGAGGGUCGUGGCUGCGCUCAUGAUCCUGAGCACCAUCUGGCUCUUCUUCGCUGUCGUCCUCGGCACUGGUGCGUGCCACAACUCGAAGUAUCUCAAGAGCUCCAUCAUCUUCGGCUAUGCGUCUUCCAUCUUCGCCCUCAUAGCGUGGAUCAUCCUGCUGACGAUGCGGCAGGGCCGCCUGUGCACCGGUGCCACGCCAAUCGGCCAGUCGUACUGGGUAGACAUGGGGUACAACGGAAUUCCGUCCGGAAUCGAGAAUGCGGAGAUUAACUUCGACGGCUACACGCUGCGCGAGGGCUUUGCCCUGAUUGUGUCGGGCUGGGGCAUCAACACUCUGGUUCUCAUCUUCAACACCGCCCUGUGGAACCUCUAA